AUGCCACUUGCUAUUCAGUACCUUGUCCUAUUGGAACGCAACCCACCGCCAUCCAAAGCAGAUCUUAGGAGAUUCGCACCACUCUUGGCUAUCCGCAUCAACGAACAAGAAGCGCACGAUUUAGAUACAGAUGAAUUGGUGGUCGACGAACUACAGGACAUACUACUAGAGAGAACCGCGGGAAAACUAAAAGGACGCCUUGUUGAUUGUCGACGAGCUCGUUAG